UUUCUCCACAAACAUCUACUCUAAAUACCUAAAAUGGACGGUAAAACUAUCGGUGUACUCGGCGGUGGCCAGCUAGGCCGUAUGUUGGUCGAGGCUGCUCACAGACUCAAUAUCAAGACGAUUAUCUUGGACCAACCGGGCGCCCCAGCAAAGCAGAUUAAUGCCUUGGAUGAGCACGUUAAUGGCUCUUUCACCGAUCUCGACUCCAUCACAAAACUCGCCAAAAAAUGUGAUGUUUUGACUGUCGAAAUCGAGCACGUCGACGUUGACGCGUUGAAGGCCGUCUCGUCUUCUUUGAAUAUCCCAAUCUACCCACUCCCGGAGACGAUUCGUCUAAUCCAGGAUAAAUACUCGCAAAAGCUUCAUUUACAAGAACAUGAUGUCGGAGUUGUGGAGUCAUUGAAUGUGGAAUCUAAUACCGUUGAGGGCUUGGAGAAAAUCGGUCUCGAGCUUGGCUUUCCGUUUAUGUUGAAGGCCAGGACCUUGGCGUAUGACGGCAGAGGCAAUUUCGUUGUGAAAUCCAAGGAUACCAUCCCGGAAGCUUUAGAAUUUUUGCAAGACAGACCUUUGUACGCGGAAAAAUGGUGUCCGUUUACCAAGGAGUUGGCUGUGAUGGUGGUCAGAACCCUUGAGGGUGAGGUUUUCGCCUACCCAACUGUGGAGACUGUCCACCAAGACAACAUUUGCCAUUUGGUCUAUGCACCUGCCAGAAUCUCCGACACUUUGCAAAGAAAAGCAUCUCUCUUGGCCCAGAACGCCGUGAAGUCUUUUCCUGGCUGUGGAAUUUUUGGUGUCGAAAUGUUUUUGUUGCCCAGCCAUGAACUCUUGAUCAACGAGAUUGCACCUCGUCCUCACAACUCGGGUCACUACACCAUCGAUGCCUGUGUCACCAACCAGUUUGAGGCGCAUGUUCGUGCCGUGAGUGGGUUGCCAAUGCCAAAGGACUUUUCCAAAUUGACUACUACGAACACCAACGCAAUCAUGUUGAAUGUUUUGGGCGACAAAUCCACAAAGAAUGCAGAGUUGGCCAUUUGCCGCCGAGCACUCGAGACCCCCAAUGCCUCCGUGUACUUGUAUGGCAAGGAAAGCAAGCCAAAGAGAAAAAUGGGCCACAUUAAUGUCAUUGGCUCGUCCAUGGCCGAAGCCGAAUCAAAGCUCAAGUACAUAAUGGGCGAUGUGGAUACAUUGCCUGCAGCAGUUCAAGAGACCAAGGAGAAGCCUUUGGUAUCGAUAAUAAUGGGCUCGGACUCGGACUUGCCGGUAAUGGCGGUCGGUGCUGACAUUUUGAAAAAAUUUGGUGUUCCAUUCGAGUUGACAAUCGUAUCAGCUCACCGCACCCCACAUCGGAUGUCGAAAUUUGCUAUCGAAGCCGCAUCUAGGGGCAUUAAAGCCAUCAUUGCUGGAGCUGGAGGCGCUGCUCAUUUACCAGGAAUGGUAGCUGCAAUGACUCCCUUGCCGGUUAUCGGAGUUCCAGUCAAAGGAUCUACCCUUGAUGGUGUGGACUCCUUGCAUUCCAUUGUGCAGAUGCCAAGGGGUAUCCCGGUGGCAACUGUGGCCAUCAACAACAGCACGAAUGCUGCACUUUUGGCUAUCCGUAUAUUGGGAGCCUACGAUUACAAAUGGUUGGAGGCCAUGUCUCUGUACAUGAACAACAUGGAGGAAGAGGUCUUGGGAAAGGCUGAAAGACUUGAAGAAGUUGGCUACGAAAAGUAUUAACAAAUGAAAAAAAGGUUCGGUAGUAAGACUGUUUAGUUCAAGCUGGUAGUACUCACAUAAACACUUGAUUCUGUAAUUUAACAUCUGAUUACCACAACCUCAAUUAAAUACAAAAAAAAAAAAUUAGUUGAUAAAAUGUUUCAGUUUGAAUAGUGAGAUUUACA